CCGAGUUUUAGAAAUACAAGAAAAUUGUCAUUAUUGGCGGUAUGUACCUACUAAAUCAAACCCGGCAGAUUUAGUGUCUCGAGGUGUUAGAGCAGAUUUAUUAGGUAAUUCUUCGUUGUGGUGGACAGGCCCUGCCUUUUUAAAAUUAGAUUCCUCUCAAUGGCCAACUAAUCCAAAUAAAUACACUUCCAAUUUACCAGAAACAAUUCAAACAUUCCAUAUUAAUAACAAGCUAUCAAUAAAUAAUAAUAACACCAAUUUAAUUUCAUCACUAAUAAAUAAAUUUUCAUCGCUUACAAAAUUACAACGUGUACUUGCAUGUGUCUUAAGGUUCAUUAAUAACUGCCAUAAAAAUGCAAGUAAAUUACACAAUAACUUGUCAUUAUUAGAAUUAAAUAAUGCCACAAAUGUUCUAUUACGUACAGCUCAGCAGGAUUCAUUCCCUGAGGAACGUGAGUUACUAUUACUCAAUAAGCAUUUACCCCAUAAAAAUAGACUUCUGUCAUUGACACCGUUUGUUGGUUCUGACUACCUCAUCCGCGUGGGUGGCAGGCUUAGUGAUUCUCACUACGACUACAACGUCAAACAUCCUAUCCUUCUAUCAGGUAAACAUCGCUUAUGUGAAUUACUAUUCGAAAUGCUUCAUAAAAAACACAUGCACUCUGGUCCACAAUUACUACUAGCCACCGCCAGACAUAAUUAUUGGCCAAUAGGCGGCACUAUUUUAGCGAAACGUAUAGUUCGUUCAUGUGUUAGGUGCAGUAGAUUCAAGGGGAAGACUGUCCAACCCUUGAUGGGUAACCUACCAGAAAAACGAGUCCAUUUAGAAUUUCCCUUCUUAGAAACAGGUGUCGAUUAUGCUGGACCAAUGCUGAUAGCUGACCGCAAAGGUAGAGGCUGUAAACUUAUAAAAUCAUAUAUUUGUGUGUUUGUGUGUCUAGCCACAAAGGCCGUGCAUCUGGAGCUUGUCUCUGAUUUAACCAAAGAAGCUUUUAUUGCAGCACUACACAGGUUUAUAGCACGUCGAGGUAAGCCGCAGACGCUGUUCUCGGACAACGGCACGACCUUUGUUGGAACUUUCCAUGAGCUCUCCAAACUUCUCACACAAUCAUCCUUGACUUCGGGUUUAGCUGAAAUAGGUAUCAACUUUUCAUUCAUACCUGCCUACACUCCUCACUUCGGUGGUUUAUGGGAGUCACUCGUGCGAUCCGUAAAACAUCAUCUUAGGCGCGUUUUGGACAUGACUCACUUAAACUAUGAAGAAAUGGCUACUCUUCUUAUUCAAAUAGAAGCCAUCCUAAAUUCUCGCCCCCUCACACCUCUAUCUGAUAAUCCAUCCGACUUAUAUCCCCUUACUCCUGCUCACUUCCUUGUUGGACGAUCUCUGAUCUGUUUGCCACAUCCUGAUAUCGUCAAUCGCCGAGCUAGCUCUCUUCAGCGUUUCCAACGCAUCGAGCUACUCAAGCAACACUUCUGGAGUCGAUUUUCUAAUGAGUAUGUUGUAUGGCUCCAACAGAAAACCAAAUGGCACCGGUCCUAUGGCGAGCUGAAAGAGGGAAUGUUCGUCGUUAUCAAGGAGAAGACGUCUGCCCCCUUGAUGUGGCUUCUGGGACGCGUUGUACGUGUCCUGCCUGGAAGAGACGGCGUAGCAAGGGUUGCAGACAUCCAAACGAAGAGGGGUGUCAUUCGCCGGGCAUACAAUACCAUAUGCCCCUUGCCUGUCAAGAGCUUUGAACUUGGCACUUCAACGCGGGGAGUCUAUGGUCAAGCCAUAAACAGCGAGCGCGAUGAUGUCCCCGGGGAGACCCGGGGGCGCGGGGCGUCGGACAAUAUAGCUGCGGCCGGCUGCCGGCCGCACUCAGCGACACACUGAUUUUUAACGCCGUAACAACC